GCAAACAAGAAUCGUUGCAAAACAAAAGCCACGGCCUUGGCUUCGAGCCUUCGAUAGCCCCUACCGUUACCGUAGGCGUAGCAACAACAGGCAGGGGAUCCGUUAUAGCUCGUCGGCCUCAAUUAAAAAGAAGCAGCAGCCACACCCACACGGGAUCCGGUUAACCCCCAUCGUCCAUCGACAAAAACGCUCCAGGUCCAGGGGUUGCUCUGCUUCUCCACUUCAGUUCAUCGUCUUGCCCCCUGCCUCGGCUUCCCUAUUCCCCAAAUUUUCAGCCGACCUCUGCGAUUCCGGCACACGGGCGGCGCCGGCCUCUUUGGCGGCUGGCACCGGCUUCGAUAGACCGUGGUCCUGGACACCCUCGUCGACGCCGGGGAGGGCAGGCGCUGCCGGUCUCAACUCCGGCCGGGCCUCCUCAUUCCACCGAGGCAAGAUGAGGGAGCUCCGGGUCGUUCUCCUGAUUCUAGUGAUAUAUCUGCCUUCCUUCUCCGCUUCUGAUAGCCAAGGGGAUGCGUUGUAUGAUAUAAAGCGAAAACUGAAUGUUACCGGCAGUCAGCUUUCAGAUUGGAACCGGAAUCAAGUUGACCCUUGCACAUGGAAUUGUGUGAUUUGUGACAAUAACAACAAUGUUGUUCAAGUAUCAGUGUCUGGUCAAGGAUACACUGGAGUUUUGUCACCAAGGAUUGGAGAGCUCGUGUAUUUGACUGUUCUGUCAUUGGCUGGAAACAGGAUUACUGGUGGCAUACCACCGCAACUUGGUAAUCUUUCUAGGCUGACAAGCUUAGAUUUAGAAGACAACAUUUUAGUUGGAGAGAUACCAGCUUCUCUCGGUCAGCUUUCUAAGCUCCAGCAGUUGUUCCUAAGCCAGAAUAAUUUUAGUGGGCCAAUUCCUGAUAGCCUAAUGAAAAUCUCAGGCUUGACUGACAUUGGGCUGGCGAACAAUAAUCUUUCUGGUCAGAUACCUGGUCUGCUGUUUCAAGUAGCACGUUACAACUUUUCCGGUAAUCACUUAAACUGUGGAACCAACCUACCCCACCCUUGUGCAACCAACAUACCCGAUCAGAGUGUCUCCCAUGGCUCAAACGUUAAAGUUAUACUUGGUACAGUUGGAGGAAUAAUAGGACUUCUCAUUGUAGUGGCUCUUUUCCUAUUCUGUAAGGCUAAGAACAAAGAAUAUCUACAUGAACUUUUUGUGGAUGUACCAGGAGAGGAUGAUCGACGAAUUACAUUUGGCCAGAUCAAAAGAUUUGCAUGGCGAGAACUACAAAUAGCGACUGAUAAUUUCAAUGAAAGAAAUGUUCUUGGAAAGGGAGCUUUCGGGAAAGUUUAUAAAGGAGUUCUUCCAGAUGGAACAAAAAUUGCUGUAAAGCGGUUGACUGAUUAUGAAAGGCCUGGUGGGAUGGAUGCCUUCUUGCGUGAGGUGGAGCUGAUUAGCGUUGCGGUUCACAGGAAUAUCCUAAGGUUGAUUGGCUUCUGCUCAACACAAGCAGAACGCCUCCUGGUCUAUCCAUUUAUGCAGAAUUUGAGUGUUGCCUACUGUAUACGAGAGUUUAAACCUGGAGAACCCAUCUUAGACUGGUCAGCUAGAAAACGGGUGGCCCUAGGUACAGCACGUGGACUUGAGUAUCUACAUGAACACUGCAACCCCAAGAUCAUACACCGUGACGUCAAAGCUGCGAACGUCUUGCUUGAUGAGUACUUUGAACCUGUUGUUGGUGAUUUUGGCCUAGCGAAGCUAGUAGAUGUGCAGAAGACAUCUGUGACAACCCAAGUCCGUGGAACUAUGGGUCACAUAGCACCUGAGUAUCUGUCCACAGGGAAGUCGUCGGAAAGGACGGAUGUUUUUGGUUAUGGGGUCAUGCUUCUUGAGCUUGUGACUGGACAGCGCGCAAUUGACUUCUCUCGCAUGGAAGAAGAAGAAGAGGUGCUCUUGCUCGGUCAUGUAAAGAAGCUACAGAGAGAAGGGCAGCUACGGUCCAUUGUGGACCACAACCUGGGUCAGGAUUAUGACAAGGAGGAGGUUGAGAUGGUGAUACAGAUAGCAUUGCUCUGCACGCAGGCGUCGCCCGAGGACCGUCCGUCGAUGUCAGAAGUGGUUCGGAUGCUGGAAGGCGAGGGUUUGGCGGAGCGUUGGGAGGAGUGGCAGCAGGCAGAGGUGACAAGGGGGUGGCCCUAUGAUUACGGGUGGAGCGAAGACUCCCAUUACAAGCUGGAAGCAAUACAGCUGUCUGGAGCUAGAUGAUAACUGGCAAUGAUGGACAUGUCAUCACCGUAGAGUUAGAUACUAAAAUGCAAACAACCUUGUGGAUCCAUAAUACGUGGAGAAAUAUUUAACAGAUAGAUCAUAUAUGGAUAUAAUACCUGCAUUUGUAUGGCUGGGCAUUAAAAUUGGACCGUAGAUUUUCUAUGUAAUCACCGUGGAUCCAUAAUAUGUGGAGAAAUAUUUAACAGACAGAUGAUAUAUGGCUACAUAUCCUAAUAUGUGAAUAUAUGUGCACCUCCUGGAAGUUGAAA